AUCACGGCGCGCGGUCACGUGGAAAUGAUGUCAUCAGCUACUGUGUCGAAUCUUCGGUUCUGUAUCCAGGGCUGACAUUGCGGAUCUGACUGCAUACUGCCACAUUCAGGCCCAGUGGAGAUUCCAGGAUAACAAGCUCUCACGCAGCUCUGACAGAGAAGUUCAAAGGUCGCUUCCCCAGAAAAUGGUGAUACAAAAACAAAAUUACCUUUGUUUGUUUGUGCAAACUUAGUAUCAACGGAAUUGGACUGACCCACGAAUAAAGGCCUCUUCAAACAAUGGAGGACACGGUUCCUCAGGUGGAGUCAGAGGCAGAAGUGCGGAUUAAUAUCCACUCGAGUGGUCAUAUGGGCGCCGUGCUCUCCAGUUUGGAGGAGCAGAGGAAAAAGAACUUCCUGUGUGACAUCACGCUCGUAGUUGAGAAUGUCGAGUAUCGGGCACACAAAGCUCUGCUCGCUGCUACCAGUGAAUACUUUUCCACGAUGUUUGCCGAUGAGGAGAAUAUCGGCCAGUCAAUAUACGUCAUAGAAGGAAUAGUGUGUGAGGUUUUUGAAACCUUGCUGCAGUUCAUCUACACUGGAAGUGUAGACGUAAGUGAAAAAUGGCUCAAGCAAAUCGUGGGAACUGCACAGGUCUUGAAAGUAAACAAUCUGGUAAAAGCGUAUGCAGAAUAUCAGGAGAAUCUACACAGUCGAGAGGCCGACGCAUCUGAUAAUGGAGCAACAGAUGAAGCAGACGAUCCUGUAUCAAAGCGUAAACGAGGAAGACCAAGGAAAAACAGUGAUCAGACCAACACACAGGCUGAGGAGAAGCCGAUAGACCAAGGAGAUGUCCCAGAAAGUAUUGAGGACACCUGUUAUUCCAAUGGAAACAUUUUACACGAGCAGGAGGUCGCCGAUUUUGCUGCGGAGGUGACGUGUGACUUAAAUCCCAAGCCUCCAGAAGAACAACCACAACAACCACCACCAGUACCAAAGAAACCUAGCAAGCGCAGACCACGGAGGUCCGUUAAACUGCAAGAUUAUAGACUUGGUGAAGAACGUCAACCAUCGAAGCAUGCUAUCGGCAAAAAAAAGCCCAGUCCUGAAGUUUGCAAGGACUGUGGAAAAGUGUUCAAGUACAAGCACUUCUUAGUAAUGCACCGUAGAACUCAUACAGGGGAACAGCCCUUCAAAUGUUCUCAAUGUGGAAAAGGUUUUUCCCAGAAACAUUCUCUGCGAGUCCAUGAGCGCAUCCACACUGGAGAGAGACCUUUUAGCUGUACUGUGUGCAGUAAAUCUCUUUCCACUAAGCAUUCGCUAACGGAACAUAUGAAUUUACACACAGACAAGAAAGAGUAUACUUGUGACCGGUGUGGAAAAUUCUUCAGUCAAAAAAGACAACUGAAAAGUCAUUUUCGUGUACAUAUAGGAGGUGGGUUACCAGAGUGUAAAAACUGCCAGCGAAAGUUCAUGGACUCUGCUCAAUUAAAAAAACAUCUAAGAUCUCAUACAGGUGAAAAGCCAUUUACUUGUGAAACCUGUGGAAAAUCAUUCACUGCUAAAAGCUCGUUACACACACACAUGAGAAUACAUCGGGGUGAAAAGCCAUAUGCUUGCAACAUUUGUGGGAAAUCGUUUGCGGAUUCCAGUGCCCAGAGAAGACACCACACUUUGCAUGCUGGAAAGAAGCCAUUUUCCUGCCCAGACUGCAAUAUACAAUUUAGUCGUAUGGACAAUCUGAAGGCACACAUAAAAUCCCACGGCAAAGUGAAACAGCCAAAACCACCAGCCCCCAAGACUAGACCAAGAAUAAACGAGAGCGAAAAAAGCUUAGUGCAGAUGCAGCAGUAUCAGGUAGAGACACCUAAUGCACAAGAAAUACAGGUACUGGUGGCAGACAAUGUACAUAACCUAAACUUCAUGCCAGCUCAUAGCCAGGGUAUUAGUCUUGUCACUUCUGAAGCCUCUUCAACAACUGCCAACCAAGCUGCAAAUCUGACGCUGAUCACUCAUCAACCUCCUGUCUUGCAUGGAGUACAAGUUGCAUCUCGCCAGCAGCAAUUGCAACCGAUUCACAACAUAGAAGUUAUGGAGGGCAGGGUACAGACUGUGCUCCCAGAGCAAAUGCAUGUUGUCACUCUGUCAAAAGAAGCAUUUGAACAACUACAGGGACGGACCCGUGAAAUUCACUUGACACAGGCAGAUCGCCAAACACGACUAACUCCGGUGCAAGCUCCUACCAUCUUGGAACAGAGUGUCCGGGUUCCUCAGCAUGCACAACAAACCUUAACGGAUAGCCCAAUGCCACAGGCAGAUCGCCAAACGCGACUAACUCCUGUGCAAGCUCCUACUAGCUUUGAACAGAGUGUCCAGGUCCCUCAGCACGCUCAACAAACAUUAACUGAAAGCCCAGCUACACAAGCAGAUCGCCAGUCCCGACUAACUCCAAAGCAAGCUCCCACUAUCUUGAACCAGAGUGUCCAGGUCCCUCAGCAUGCUCAACUAAUUUUAACGGAUAGCCCAAGAACACAGGCAGAUCGCCAAACACGACAAGCUCCAGUGCAAGCUCCUACUAUCUUGAACCAGAGUGUCCAGGUUCCUCAGCACACUCAACAAACUUUAACUGAUAGCCCAGUAACACAGGCAGAUCGCCAAACGCGAUUAACUCCAGUGCAAGCUCCCCAAACUCCAACUAUCUUGAACCAGAGUGUCCAGGUCCCGCAGCAUGCUCACCAAACUUCAACUGAUAGCCCAACAACACAGGCAGAUCGCCAAAGCCGACUAACUCCGAUGCAAGUUCCUACAGUUUUGAACCAGAGUGUCCAUGAUCCUCAGCAUGCUCACCAAACUUCAACUGAGAGCCCAGUAACACAGGCAGAUCACCAAAGCCGACUCACUCCGUUGCAAACACCCCAAGCUCCUACUAUCUUGGACCAGAGUGUCCAGGUCCCUCAGCACGCUAAACAAACUUUAACUGAUAGCCUGAGAACCCAAGCAGAUCGCCAAUCCCGACUAACUCCAAUGCAAGCUCCCACUAUCUUGAACCAGAAUGUCCAGGUACCUCAGCAUGCUCAACAAAUUUUAACUGAAAGUCCAGCAACACAGGCAGAUCGCCAGUCCCGACUAACUCCAAAGCAAGCUCCCACUAUCUUGAACCAGAGUGUCCAGGUCCCUCAGCAUGCUCAACAAAUUUUAACGGAUAGCCCAAGAACACAGGCAGAUCACCAAACACGACAAGCUCCAGUGCAAGCUCCUACUAUCUUGAACCAGAGUGUCCAGGUCCCUCAGCAUGCUCAACAAAUUUUAACGGAUAGCCCAAGAACACAGGCAGAUCGCCAAACACGACAAGCUCCAGUGCAAGCACCUACUAUCUUGAACCAGAGUGUCCAGGUCCCUCAGCACGCUCAACAAACUUUAACUGAAAGCCCAGCUACACAAGCAGAUCGCCAGUCCCGACUAACUCCAAAGCAAGCUCCCACUAUCUUGAACCAGAGUGUCCAGGUCCCUCAGCAUGCUCAACAAAUUUUAACGGAUAGCCCAAGAACACAGGCAGAUCGCCAAACACGACAAGCUCCAGUGCAAGCACCUACUAUCUUGAACCAGAGUGUCCAGGUCCCUCAGCACGCUCAACAAACUUUAACUGAAAGCCCAGCUACACAGACAGAUCGCCAAACACGACUAACUCCGGUACAAGCUCCCACCAUCUUGAACCAGAGUGUCCAGGUUCCUCAGCAUGCUCAACAAAUUUUAACUGAUAGCCCAGCAACACAGGCAGAUCGACAAACACGACUAACUCUGGUGCAAGCUCACACUAUCUUUAACCAGAGUGUCCCAGUCCCUCAGCAUGCUCAACAAAUUUUAACUGAAAGCCCAGCUACACAGGCAGAUUGCCAAACGCGACGAACUCCAGUGCAAGCUCCUACUAUCUUGAACCAGAGUGUCCAGGUCCCUCAGCACGCUCAACAAACUUUAACUGAAAGCCCAGCUACACAGUCGGAUCGCAAAACACGACGAACUCCAGUGCAAGCACCUACUAUCUUGAACCAGAGUGUCCAGGUCCCUCAGCACGCUCAACAAACUUUAACUGAAAGCCCAGCUACACAGUCGGAUCGCAAAACACGACGAACUCCAGUGCAAGCUCCUACUAUCUUGAACCAGAGUGUCCAGGUCCCUCAGCACGCUCAACAAACUUUAACUGAAAGCCCAGCUACACAGUCAGAUCGCAAAACACGACGAACUCCAGUGCAAGCUCCUACUAUCUUGAACCAGAGUGUCCAGGUCCCUCAGCACGCUCAACAAACUUUAACUGAAAGACCAGCUACACAGGCAGAUCGCCAAACGCGGCUAACUCCGAUGCAAGCUCCUACUGUCUUGAACCAGAGUGUCCGGGCCCCUGAGCAUGCUCAGCAAACAUUAACUGUUAGCCCAGGAACACAGUCUAUACCUAUUCAUGUGACGCAGGCAGAUCGCCAAACGCGACUAACUGCAGUGCAAGCACCCCAAGCUCCUACGGUCUUGAACCAGAGUGUCCGGUUCCCUGAGCAUGCUCAUCAGACUUUUACUCUUGGCCCAGGAACACAGCCUGUACUUAUUCAUGUGACGCAGGCAGAUCGCCAAACGCGACUAACUACGAUGCAAGCUACCCAUGCUACUACUGUCUUCAACCAGAGUGUCCACGUCCCUGAGCAUGCUCAGCAAACAUUAACUGUUAGCCCAGAAACACAGUCUGUACCUAUUCAUGUGACACAGGCAGAUCGCCAAACGCGACUAACUGCAGUGCAAGCACCCCAAGCUCCUAAUGUCUUAAACCAGAGUGUCCGGGUCCCUGAGCACGCUCAGCAAACUUUUACUUUUAGCCCAGGAACACAUCCUGUACCUAUUCAUGUGACACAGGCAGAUGGCCAAACGCGUCUAACUGCAGUGCAAGCACCCCAAGCUCAUACUGUCUUGAACCAGAGUGUCCGGGUUCCUGAGCAUGCUCAGCAAACUUUUACUUUUAGCCCAGGAACACAUCCUGUACCUAUUCAUGUGACACAGGCAGAUGGCCAAACGCGUCUAACUGCAGUGCAAGCACCCCAAGCUCAUACUGUCUUGAACCAGAGUGUCCGGGUUCCUGAGCAUGCUCAGCAAACUUUUACUUUUAGCCCAGGAACACAUCCUGUACCUAUUCAUGUGACACAGGCAGAUGGCCAAACGCGUCUAACUGCGGUGCAAGCAACCCAAGCUCCUACUGUUAUGAACCAGAGUGUCCGGGUCCCAGAGCAUGCUCAGCAAACUUUUACUUUUAGCCCAGGAACACAUCCUGUACCUAUUCAUGUGACACAGGCAGAUGGCCAAACGCGUCUAACUGCGGUGCAAGCAACCCAAGCUCCUACUGUUAUAAACCAGAGUGUCCGGGUCCCUGAGCAUGCUCAGCAAACUUUUACUUUUAGCCCAGGAACACAUCCUGUACCUAUUCAUGUAACACAGGCAGAUGGCCAAACGCGUCUAACUGCGGUACAAGCAACCCAAGCUCCUACUGUCAUGAACCAGAGUGUCCGGGUCCCUGAGCAUGCUCAGCAAACUUUUACUUUUAGCCCAGGAACACAUCCUGUACCUAUUCAUGUAACACAGGCAGAUGGCCAAACGCGUCUAACUGCGGUGCAAGCAACCCAAGCUCCUACUGUCAUGAACCAGAGUGUCCGGGUCCCUGAGCAUGCUCAGCAAACUUUUACUGUUGGACCAGGAAAACAGCCUGUACUUAUUCACGUGACACCCGCAGAUCGCUUAACGCGACUAACUACAGUGCAAUCUCCCCAGGCUCCUACUGUAUUAAACCAGAGUGUUCGGGUCCCUGAACAUGCUCAGCGAACCUUCAGCCCAGGAACACAGCCUGUAUCUUUUCACUUGACACAGGCAGAUCACCAAACACAACAAACUCCAGUGAAAGUUCCUAAUAUCUUGACCCAGAGUGUUCGGGUCUCUGAACAUGCUCAGCGAACCUUUAGCCCAGGAACACAGACUGUACCUAUUCACUGGACACAGGCAGAUGGCCAAACAAGACUAACUCUGGUGCAAGCUUCCCGAGUUCCUACUGUCCUAAACCAGAGUAUCCGAGUCCCUGAGCACGCUCAGCAAACGUUAACUGUUAACCCAGUAACACAAACUGUACCUGGUCAUCCGAUUCCAGAGAGUCGAAAUCCGGUGCAAGCUCCUGCUUUCUUGAACCAGAAUGUUUGGGUCCCGGAGUAUGCUCAGCAAACUUUGACUGUUAGCCCAGUAACACAGUCUGUACCUGGUCACCAGAUACCAGCACGACUAACUCUGGUGCAAGCUCCCACCAUCAUGAACCAGAAUGUCAGAGUCUCUGAGCACGCUCAGCAAAGUUUAACUGGUAGCCCAGUAACACAAACUGUACCUGGUCAUCCGAUUCCAGAGCGUCGAAAUCCGGUGCAAGCUCCUGCUAUCUUGAACCAGAAUGUCUGGGUCCCGGAGUAUGCUCAGCAAACUUUGACUGUUAGCCCAGUAACACAGUCUGUACCUGGUCACCAGAUACCGGCGCGACUAACUCAGGUGCAAGCUCCUACUAUCUUGAACCAGAGUGUUCGGGUUCCUGAGCACACUCAGCAAACUUUGACUGGUAGCCCAGUAACACAUGCUAUACCCGGUCACCUGUUUCCAACGCGACUAACUCUGGUGAAAGCUUCCCAAGCUCCUACUAUCUUGAACCAGAGUGUUCGUGUCUCUGAGCACGCUCAGCAAACUUUGACUCUUAGCUCAGUAACGCAGUCUGUAUCUGGUCACCAGAUUCCAGCGCGACUAACUCUGGUCCAAGCUCCUACUAUUUUCAACCAGAGUGUUCGGUUCCCUGAGCACGCUCAACAAACUUUGACUGUUAGCCCAGUAACGCAACCUGUACCUGGUCACCAGAUUCCAGCACGACUAACUCUGGUGAAAGCUUCCCAAGCUCCUACUAUCUUGAACCAGAGUGUUCGUGUCCCUGAGCACGCUCAGCAAACUUUGACUGUAACACAGCCUGUACCUGGUCACCCGGUUCCAGCUCAGUCAUUCCAGAUACAAGCUGGUGCUGCGUCUUUCAUCAGUACACCAUUGAACACAACAAAUUCAACCUCUGUAUAAUUGUUCUUUUGUAAAAACAUGUACAAAAAUAUUUUUUCUAAUGUGAUCAUUGAAAAGCUUUCUUCAGGGCCAAGCAAGUUCUAAAACUCAUUUUUUUUAGUUUGUAUCUCAGUAUAAGUAACUGUUUGAUUCAGCAUUUUUCCAUAGCUUAGAGAUGCGUAUGAGUUAUAUUUUAACUUAGCAUUUUAUGUGCCUUUCAUUGAAAGUAUAUGUAUAAUUAUUUUUUUUUCCAUCUUGUUCUUGUGUUGUUUAGCAGGCGUGGACAUGGCUAAAUAUGCAGAAUUAUUUUGAAAGAAUUUUCUUUUCACAAAUAGUCUAAAUGAGAUGAAUACCAAAAGGUCCAGAGGCGCUUGAUCUGUGUAUUGUCUACUCUGUAAAGAUAGAAAACCACCCCAAAAGAAUAUAAGAAAAUCAACUUUUCCCUUACCUAAAAAUAUGAUCUUUUACUGAGGUGUUAAAAGGACUUUGUCAGCAAAUAUGAAACUGCCUUCCUGUUACAUGUGCACUUGGCAGCUCAAGGGCUCUGUGUUGGUCCCAUGUUCAUAUGUGCUGGCAUUUCUGUGAAAAGUAAUGUUUUACGAUAUGGAAAAGAGUCUCUAGGAGUAACGGAGCCAGGCAGGUUAAACAUCAUAACAUCUGGCCAUGUCAAUCAAAGCGCAGACGGCGUGGCAGUUGCAUCUAGAGGCUCUCUCUGCAACAGCAAUACCCUCAUUGCUCCUAGAGACUCAUUCAUCACUUUCCUCAUCAAUACGGUCACAUAUGAACAUGGGACCAACACAGAUGCCUUUAGCUGCCAAGUGCACAUGUAACAGGUCAGCCAGUUUCAUGGGUACAAAUCUGCUGACGGAUGCCCUUUUAAGAUCGCCUGCAGUAUAAAGAGACCUUGUUGACAUAUCCCCUUCUUUUGCUAUUCAUAACUCUUAGAAGUGUCGAUUAAGGCUUUCCACUUGUAAAUUCAAGCAGUUAUUACUUGGCAUCAAAGAAACAUUCAAAUGUUUUUUCAAGUUUUUAACGUGCAUCAAAGUACCAUGUAUACACUUAGGCCAGGUUGACACUUCAGUUAUUUGGUCAGUUAUUUCCAUCAGUUAUUGUGAGCCAAAACCAGUAGUGAAGCCUACUCAGAGAUCAGGUGUAAUGGAAAGAUCUGCAUCUGCAUUUUUGACCCGCACCUGGUUUUGGCUCACAAUAACUGAUGGAAAUAACUGGCCAAAUAACUGAAGUGUGAACUCUGCCUUAUUCUUACAGGAUUUCUUUAAAAGGGUUUUCCGAGUUGGGCAAGAAAUUUGGGGUAGGAUAAAAUGUGAAAGACUAAUAAAAGUAGCAUUACUUACCCGUUGAUUUCCCUACUAUUACAGCAAUGCUGCACUAAUCCUCCCAGCCAGUCUCGGCUUACUUGGCUGCAGUGGUGGUGUGUCUGUAUAUACACAUGACCAAUGUAGCUACAUAGCUUAAGCAACAGCACAAGACAGCCGAGGCCAGUGAUUGGCUGUAGCCAUCAUGUGGGCACAUGGUCAUGUAUGUCACCAAUGUAGCCAAGUAAACAAAGACCGGCAGGGAGGUUAAAUAGUUAAGCGGUGCUUAUUAUUAUUUUAGCACUUAUUUUUGCUAAACUCGGAAGACCCCUUUAAAUGACAGUAUGGAGAACAUUGCACGAGAGCCAAAACAUGCCUACACUGUAUUGUAGCAGUUUGUAAUGUACUAUAGUAAAGGUUUUUAUUAUACAUAUUGCAUUUGUGCAUUUAAAUAAAAAAAUAAAAUUAAAACUG